AUGAAGAAAGAUGAUUAUUAUCGGGAGUUUUCAUCACAGUCGAAUAAAUAUUGGAAGCUGGAUAUUUUGGCAGAUGUGGCAGCCGAAGAAUACAGUACUAUGACCAGUGAGGAAGACAAGUCUAAAUCGUCUUCUUCUUCUUCAACAGGAGUGAAACCUGAUUACAACCUCAGGGAUGGUAGCAACUCGAAGCUAGAGAUUUUGGUUAAAGUCGCUUCUGAUAUGUUAGAGCACGAAACACCAAAAAAGAAGAGAAGUCAGAAAUCAACUGCUUGCGUGGAUUACAAGCAAGAAGAAGAAGAUAGAAGCUUUAAGAAACGCAAAAUCAUAGGUCGUUGUAAGGUGGGAUCAUCUUCGACAUCAACAAAAGAGAAGCAAGUACUAGAAAACCUAGAUUGGGACCCUGAAUCUCUUCCUUCUUCUUGCAUCACCGAGUGCAGCAAGAAAAAAUGUCCUCCUACUAACAUCUCCUGCAAGAAACUCAAAAUCGUUCGUAGUUUAGAUUUUGGACCCACGCAGACGAUGAAUCCGCCCGGGUGGCUCUUGAACGUGAUGAGAGAAUAUAACGGACACGAUCCAAAGCUGAUCAUAACAAAGCCCCUGUUUCAGAGCGAUCUCGACAAAGGCAAAAAUCGUCUCCAAAUGCCUAUAAACCAACUGGUGAAUACCAACUUUUUGACGGACGAAGAGACAAGAAUUAUACACAAAAAAUACUUGUCGUCGACUCGUAAGACUCGUAAGACGACAGGCUUAAGUGUGGUUCUUGUGGAUCCUUUGUCGAAGAGGCAUGUCGUUGAUUUUAGGAAAUGGAAGAUGAAUGGAAUCUGGGUUUACGUCUUUAAUACUCGUUGGUGGAAUGUGGUUACAGCCAACAAGUUUAAAGUAGGUGACAUCUAUCAUGUCUGGUCUUUCCGUUCAGGACAAGGAAAGCUUUGUUUUGCUCUAGUUCCCAAAAAUUCAUAA